AUGCUCCUCGCACGUCCUACUUUGAUGCGCACAUCUGCCAGAAGCGUCGCAAGCCUCGGCAGGAACCCCUCGCAGCAAUUCGCACGACGGACCUAUGCUGCUACUCACGAGGUGAAGAAGAGCAGCGAUUUGCCCUGGGCCGUCACAUCCAUCGGAGUGUCGAUACCCGCGAUAUAUUAUAUCUAUCAGACUGGCCAGAAGGAGAAGGGACAUCACGAGCACAAGGCAGAUGAGCAUUGA